GCGCAUUGUCAGUUCCAGUCACACGAUCUGUCAUCAUCCUUCGUACGAUGCUAGAAGGGAAGUUGAGAGAAGUGGGACAUCGGGGAUCCUCCUGAGAUCUUAGGCUACCGCCGCCGUCCGGACCCCGCUGUGAACCCCCGCCGCCUCCAACCAGCAUCCCUCCCGGAGAAAACACACUCCACACCCGCCCGCUUCCUCCCGUUCGCCAGGUAUUUUCUGGGGUUUUUCCCAUCAGGUCAGUGGCCAGAGGAAGUGAGUGGACGGUGUGACAUGGCAAAUAGAGCUGGAGCCACACGACCCAAUGGGCCAAACACAGGCAACAAGAUUUGUCAGUUCAAACUUGUGCUGCUAGGAGAGUCGGCGGUGGGGAAGUCGAGUCUCGUGCUGCGUUUCGUCAAGGGACAGUUUCAUGAAUUCCAAGAGAGCACUAUCGGAGCUGCCUUCCUGACUCAGACGGUAUGUUUGGACGACACAACAGUCAAGUUUGAAAUCUGGGACACAGCUGGUCAGGAGCGCUACCACAGUCUGGCCCCCAUGUACUACAGAGGGGCCCAGGCAGCCAUCGUGGUCUAUGACAUAACAAAUGAGGAGUCAUUUGUACGGGCAAAGAACUGGGUUAAAGAGCUUCAGAGACAAGCCAGUCCCAACAUUGUAAUAGCCCUGGCUGGGAACAAGGCGGAUCUCGCAAACAAGAGAACACUGGACUUCCAGGACGCACAGUCGUACGCAGACGACAACAGUUUGCUGUUCAUGGAAACGUCAGCAAAGACUUCGAUGAACGUGAAUGAGAUUUUCAUGGCCAUCGCAAAGAAACUUCCCAAGAACGAGCCCCAAGCCACCGGCGCCAGCAGCGGGCGGAGCCGGGGGGUGGACCUGACGGAGACGGCUCAGCCCACCAGCCGUCCCUGCUGCAAUCACUAACCCAGCUCUUCCUGCUUAUCCUCCCCCCCUCCCCCCCACACACACACAUUCACACACACACAAAUCACCCCCGCCCCUCCACUCUGCUCCCUCUGGACAUCCACCUGACCCCCCCACCUCACUCCCCUGGAUUAGCUAAAAGACUCUGUAUAGCUGCAUUUCUAAUACCUUUUUUUUUUUUUGGUGGUGUUCUUUCAUUUUUUUCUUUGUUUUUCUUUUUUUUAAACUUUUUUUAAGAAGUGUAUAUCAGUAUAACGGAUGCAUGUAUCACUACAACGCCUAAAAAACACACACACAUUUUUGUUUCUCAUUUAGUCAGUACGAUUAACCCCGUGUUAGACGAGUGUGAGUGAGGGAGGGACCUGUGAGCGUGGGAUCAUGUGUGUGAUGAGGAGGAGCAGCCUCAUUGGUCGACUGGGUGUGAAGGUUGAAGCCUGUAAUACUCUUAGCGAGCGGGUUUAGUUUUCACAAUCACAAGAAAAAACAUAUUUUUUAUUUUGAGAGAUGCGGGAAAAAAGGACCCCCCCCCUCCCCCUCCUCACGUGUGUCCCCCGAGACUAAGUCCAGGCUCCAACAUGGAAAAGUGGGGAAACAAGUUUAGCACUCCCAAAAAGUUUGAAAUGCACAAAAAUGUACUUUGAGAAAAUAGUAGAAAAGCAGCCUGGAUGUGUCAGAGUCAAAUAGUUCCCUGAAAACAAAUUGGCGUCUCCAUCUGGGGAGCAGUGUGCGUCCUUGUCACUUUGCCGCACAUCACACAUCCUCUCCGUGAUGUGAACAAAACACAGGAGUUCAAACCGGCACCUCCAGGCCAAACUGAGAAACCGCUCUGACAAGAUGUUUAAAUUCAGCUUUGCUAUUCAAUGGAAGCUUUCAUGCUACAGCGUCUUUGGAGUCCGUCAUCACAGAGAAGCCCACGUGUCAGCUCCGACACCGAUCUGGCUUCACAUGAGAAAAAUAGAUAAACCGUUGAGCAUCCUGGUUAGUGAGUCAUCCUGCAGGGACUCGAACACACGACACGAUGUCAAACUCCUGUCAAUCCACCUGGUUUCUGUUUAAUCUGAAUUAAGAGAGCGGUGGUGGCAGUGGAGGUGUGUGGGGGGGGGGGGGGGUUAAGUUCGGAACAGCUCACAAACAGAAAAAUUGGAUGAUCCAUUGUCACUUAUACUCUAAUGUUGUUACAGGGUGCAAUGUUUUCUUCUUCCUCCUUUAGAUCAGCUUGCAGAGCUCACCAGGACAUUGAUCCAGAGAUUCCGAACAAUUGUACAGUUCAAUAUCCGUCUGCUUUGGGGUUUUUACUUUCUUUUCUUUCAUUUUCAUUUUUCAUUUUUCAUUCUAGACCUUUGUCACAAAACUGGUCACAUGUUACGCAGUGGUGGUCUUUUUAGGUAUAUGUAGUGUUAUUAACAAAAUCCCUCUGUGGUGUCUUGUUACUUUUCUCAGAAAUGGUCCAUGGUCACGUUUGAAAGGAACUUUUAUUGCAUUGCACAGUGUUGAUCCUGUUUUAAUUCAUGAUGACUGCCCUUCGAUUUUAUAUGACAGACUGUAUUGGACUUGCUAACCUACGACUAUGAACAGGUAGCGUAAUUAACCUGACCGUGGUCUCUCUCACAGCUCAAUGAAUUUUAAUAAUGUACAACAGCAUUACUAGUGAUGGGCUGAUCAGUUUUGAGUGUCUGAAUUCAACUUAAUAAAUUCCAUAAAGAGA